AUGGAUCAGAACAACAGCCUCCAGACGUUUGCCCAGGGGCUGGCCUCCCCACAGAGCGCCAUGACUCCUGGGAUCCCGAUCUUUAGCCCCAUGAUGCCAUUCGGCACCGGCCUGACCCCACAGCCCAUCCAGAGCACCAACAGCCUGUCCAUUUUGGAAGAGCAGCGGCAGCAACAGCAGACGGCAGCCGCUCAACAGUCCACAGCUCAGCAGGCGCCCCCAGGGACCACGGGGCAAACACCACAGCUCUUCCACUCACAGACUCUGACCACGGCGCCUCUGCCAGGCACCACCCCCGUCUACCCGUCCCCCAUGACGCCCAUGACCCCCAUUACUCCUGCCACGCCGGCUUCCGAGAGCUCUGGGAUUGUGCCUCAACUUCAAAAUAUCGUCUCCACAGUGAACCUUGGUUGUAAACUUGACCUAAAGACCAUUGCACUUCGUGCCCGAAAUGCUGAGUAUAACCCCAAGCGGUUUGCUGCUGUGAUCAUGAGAAUUAGAGAACCCCGGACCACAGCUCUGAUCUUCAGUUCUGGAAAGAUGGUGUGCACCGGCGCCAAAAGUGAAGAGCAGUCCAGGCUAGCAGCAAGAAAGUAUGCCAGAGUUGUGCAGAAGCUGGGCUUUCCAGCCAAAUUCUUGGAUUUCAAGAUUCAGAAUAUGGUGGGGAGCUGUGACGUGAAGUUUCCCAUCCGCCUAGAGGGCCUUGUGCUCACCCAUCAACAGUUCAGCAGCUACGAGCCAGAGUUGUUUCCGGGUUUAAUCUACAGAAUGAUCAAGCCCAGGAUUGUUCUUCUUAUUUUUGUUUCUGGAAAAGUUGUAUUAACAGGUGCUAAAGUCAGAGCAGAGAUUUAUGAGGCAUUUGAGAACAUCUAUCCAAUUCUGAAAGGGUUCCGGAAGACAACGUAA